ACACGGUGCGGCCAGGCGGAUUUCCAUACAGCAACUCUUUUUUGUUGUUGUUGUCUUUAACUUUCUUCUAUGAAAUCCGGCGCUGCAGAGAUUUCUCCUUUGAGGUUUUACUUCAACUGUGCUCGUUUGGGAGAUUGAAUGCGCGCAGGAGUUCGUUCAAGUGCGCAAAAGGGGGAAGAAGAAGAAGGGGGAAAAAAAAGCGUCUGGUGCCAUUCGAGCGACUGAUGCCCCCCUCUCUGUCUGACUCGCCGUGAAUCAUGUCACGCCGGAAACAGAAGAGACCCCAGCAACUCGUCAGUUCAGAUCCGGGGGGCCCGAAGUUGCUGCAAGAUGACCACCUGAGCUUAAAGUCACCAUCCACAUCUCUGGGAUCUGACCUAACUUCGUCAGGUUCUUCCUCCUCCUCCCCCACCUCACUGCAAGACUGCCAGCCGCCCCUGGCCACUCGCCCGUCUCCUGGAGGGCUCCACGCGCCUUCCUUGCCCAGUGAGAGCUCACCUCCUCCCCACUGGCCCAGUCACAUUGCUCCCUUUACCACCUCCCUCCCCAACACCCACUCCUCCCUCUCCCCUGACUUUCCUCACCCUUCGUUGUCUUCCCAGGCACACUCACCUCCUCCCCUGGAUCAAUCCUCUGGUGGCCACAGCCUGAACCACCAAGUUAACACUCUCUCCAUCAUGACCUCUCCCCCAAUGGGCAGCUCUGCCGCCACUACUACCUCUUCCUCGUCUUCUUCUUCCUCCUCCUCCCAGCAACCUCAACCAGACAGCUCCAGUCCAGGCCAGCAGCAGUCUUCCACCUCAUCAGGGGAGCAGGGGCAGAUCCAGGUGCCCCCAACCCUGGCGGUGCUUUUAGAAGAACUGCGAGUCCUGCAGCAGCGACAAAUUCACCAGAUGCAGAUCACAGAAGAGAUCUGUCGGCACGUCCUCAGGCUCGGAGGAGCCGUCUUUGGCCAUGAUAAUGCACAAGCUAGCGGUGCAGACUGCAACCAGAAGUCCACUGGAACAGCAUCUUCAUCACCUACACAUCCUUCAACCAAUACUCCAGUAUCCACAGCUUCAUCCCUGUUGAGUGGACUUCCUUCUUCCCUCUUUCCUCCGCCAGCCAUCUCCAAAUCAGGUACUUCACUAAUCAAUGGAGAUAGACCCCAAUCCUCCUCAACUUCUAGCUCAUUUUCAUCAUCCUCUUCCUUAGCUAUUUCUUCCAGCAUCAAUUCAUCUGUUGCCUCCCUGCACCCUCUGUCCUUGUCCCUGGGCCUGUCACCACGCUACCUCCAUGAGAAAUCAUCCAACACCUCUUCGUUUGGUCACAGCAAUAACAUCAGUUUCCAGACUCCUUCCCUUCCCACGACCAGCCACUCACAGGACAUUCAGUCAAGCUCAUCUCUUAUCUCUGCCUCCUCGUCAGGACGGCCUCAACAUGUCUGCAGGUUCUGUGGGAAAGUCUUGAGCAGUGAUUCCUCCCUCCAGAUUCAUCUGAGGUCACAUACAGGUGAAAGGCCCUAUCAGUGUCCGGUGUGCCUGAGCCGUUUUACAACCAGAGGAAACCUCAAGGCCCAUUUCCUGAGACACAGAGAGCAGAACCCAGAGCUGUCCCUUUCGCUGCUACCCCCUGCGCUGUCAGAGCAAACACAGGGUGGAUCAGCCCCGGGUUCAGUUCAAAGGAGAAGAAAACGGCGAGUUGAUGAUGACGAAGCAUAUAACGGAGUGAAAGGAAGUGUUCCCAGUAUAACAGAGAGCAUGGCUUUAGGAUUACUGUCUGGUGGUUCGACUAGGCCCUCACCUUCCUCUCUACCUCUGCCUCCCUCAGUGGACAUGGCUCUUCUGUCCACAGCCCAUUCACUGUUACAGUUAAACAGAGCAUCAGUAGCUGUUUCUAGCACAUCUAGCACUGCUCUCCCUUCUUCAUCUCCAUCUUCCUCUUCGACUUCUAGUCAGUAUAAAGGAGCUAAACAACAACGAUUUGAUGAAAACACUCCUCCUCACUCUGCUCUUCACACAACUUCCCCAUACUCCCAACUUGCCCACCUCCCCAAGAUACUUUUUCCAGGAGGUGCAUCCCCCCACCACCUUGCACUUCUCAGGCCUCCAGGUCACCCAUCCACUUCCCACCUCUCCUUAUCUCAUCAGCUACCAUUCCCAUUCCCUCCUUUCCCAAAACCGCCCACCUCUUCCCCCUCGUCCUCCUCCUCUCCCACCACCUCCACCCAGACCUCAGACACUUCCAAGUUGCAGCGGCUGGUGCAGAAGCUAGAAAAGCAGCCACAAGGCGGCGCCUCCUCCUGCCUUUCUGCCUCCUCUCCUUCCACCUCCUCACAAACCUCUGCUGAUGUUAAUGGUGACACAAAUGUACGUGACCUGACUACCACCUCAAGUGCCUAUCGCAGAGAGAUGUUGGCUGCUCUCGGACUGAGCCCUAGCGUCAGUGCUGCAGUGACUGGUCAGGGAGUCUCCGGUUCAGGUCCUACAACUAUCACUUCAGCCCUGCCCACAGCCCCAGUUGCUAAUCAGUGUGGAGUGUGUAUGCGUGUUCUCAGCUGCCCCAGAGCUCUUCGGUUGCACCAGGCCACACAUCUGGGAGAGCGCCCCUUUCCUUGUAAGCUUUGCGGCCGUUCUUUCUCCACAAAGGGCAGCCUUAGGGCACACCUGGCCACUCAUCGUGCCAGGCCCCCAAAUGCUCGUGCCCUGAAUUCUUGCCCACUCUGUCCUCGCAAGUUCACUAAUGCCUUAGUUCUACAACACCACAUUCGUUUGCACCUUGGAGGGCAAAUACCACCUGAUGAGGAGAUUCCUCCUGACGAUGGAGCAGAAGCAGAAGGCGCUACCUUUAAAGACAGUCACGGCGAGCCUAUUAGCUCCCUAUCAAAAGUGCAAAUCCUUCCACUUGCCUUAACAACAGGGUCCAAGUCCCCAGUGGAUGCUCUCAGCUCAGGAUCCAGUUUUAAGCAGUCCAAAGCCACUGAUUCAGAUUCUGUCAAGAAUGAGGAAUCUGAGCGUUCAAUUCCAAGUGUUAGUCCACCUUUAAGCUGUAAUCCCCCCUCAGCAGGAGCUGAUAAAACUCUGCAGCUUGCAGUAAUUGCCUCAGCUGAAAGCCCCACAGAGGAGAAAACCCAGACUGAUCUGGGUUCUGCCAGUCCUUUCAAAGCACCCUUACCUAGCUCUCAUUCAGUUGUAGACAAGGUAGAAUCUGUUUCUGAUGAUACUCCUCUCUCCCUUUGUGUUUCAAAGCCUGGUGUUGAUCAUACCACAACUAGACUAGUUAGCAGUGAUGUACAACAUUCCCCAAAUGAGCAUACACAGAGUCCCAGUCAUACUGCAGACGCCCCAUCUGCGGAUCCUGUACCUUCACUUUCUCCGCCCACCAGCCCUGGGGCUACCCUAGAGGCAGAGGAGACGGGUAGUGGUGUUAAACAGGAGCUGCGAGGGAGAAACACUUCCAGUGGUAAAGGGAAAAGCGACGCUACCUCAUCCAGAGAGUCUCUUUCCAUGUCUGAGCCAGAACCGGGUAAAGAAGCACCAGUGAAGGAGGAUUCAGCUGCCCUAAAAAAGCUGCCGGAUAACCCAGAGACUCCUGCAGGGGCAUCAACACCACAUGCCCAACCUGCUCGACCCGACAAGCCCUACAGCUGCUCCCACUGUGGAAAGGCGUAUGCCAGCCGAAGUGGACUUAAGGGUCACAUGAAAACGCAUCCUGGAGUGUUGACGACUACCCCUAGCAAGGCUCAAACCAAUGAAAGUGACCCUUCAGAGGAGCGCGGUACUUCAAAUAAAAUCUCCACACAGCAGGAGGAAAAGCAGGGACUGGCCCCUGAGAAAGUUCCGAAACCUCCAGCAAGGACGAGCCCCCAUCCUCUUCCUGCUCCCCUCCACCCGAUCCGCUGCUCUCUCUCAGCGCACUUGAGGGUGCUUCACUGCUUCGCGAAUCGCAUGCACUCACUGGAUUCUCUGCUUUGCUCAGUUUAGUAUUUGUAUGCGUUGCCUUCUCCCUGCUGCCCCCCAAAUCCCCUUCUCUGUUUCUUGUAGCAAUGACAGAAUGUGUUCCCACGCUUCCCAUGUGAUGUUAAAAAAAAAAAAAGUAAA